AUGGCGGAAUAUGAUGGAAACAGCCUAUCUAGCCCAGUCGUUUCCGAACAUGGAGAAAAGCGUACAAGAACGUUUACACAUAAAGGUUUCCAGAACACGCUUAUAAACCAGACAAAAACAUUUAAUAAACAAACGAAAGUAUUACGGGUUGCGAUUGACCUGGUAUACAAAACGAUAGAGGAGAAUUCACCGAUAAAGGAAGCCCUAGACUCGCUCGAAAAAGAGAGACGAAUGCUCGUAAAUUCUGUUAAAAGUCUCGAAGAACUCUUUGCACAGGACAAGUGGGGUGAAACAACCGACGUGGAACCAACCAUCAGAAAAGCCUUCGAAAGUUUCCUGCACGCAGCUGAGGUCGUUUCGCAAGAGGCAGGAAAGAAACUUGACAAUAAUAAAAGCAAAGUCGCGAACACGUCCUCCGUAAGGUCCAGAAGAUCGAGAACGUCGGUGAAAACUGGAUCUACACGUUCAUCACUUCAUUCAGAAAGAAGAAUAGCAAUGGCGGAAGCAGCUGCCGCGAAAGAGCAAGCGGAGUACGACAGAUUAAUUGCUCAAAUGGAGAAAGAUCGGAAACAACGCGAAGCCCAAGAGGUGCUAGAGAGAUCAGCAGCACAAGCCCGACAUGAACAUGAUAUAGCAGUUCUUGCAGCCCGGAAAUUGGAAGCAGUAGCUCAAGCGAAGUUCGAAGCCAUUGAAAGAUCCAUAAUCCAGGAGGAAGACGAUUCGUAUUCUGGGAAAUCAAGUCGGAAAGCCAGCGUAGAACCUUUGGAACGCACCAAAGCAUGGGUAGAGAGCCAACCUCCCUUUGAAGGUGAUGUGGUGAGAAAGAUUAAACGAGAAGUUAACGAUGAGUUCAAUCAGACUUUACCCCAUCCCAUCCGACACCGAUCGGAAAGACACCAGAUAUAUGAAACACAAGAACCUAGUCGCGUAGUUCAACAAUGUAUGGGAGCGAUAGCUACGACCAACGAGAAGCUAACUGCAAGUCUGGCAAAGUUGAGUUUGCCGAAAUGUCACCCAGAUGUAUUUUCUGGAGACGCUACGAUGUUCCAUCCUUGGAAAACCGCAUUUAAAGGAAUGACAGAAAGUUGCAACGUCACCCCAGAGAACGAAAUGAACUAUCUAUGCGUGUAUACAACCGGCGAGCCACGAAAGUUGGUGAACAGUUAUCGGAAAAGACGUCAUAAAGACCUUGAGAAACUGUUGAUGGAACUAUGGAUGGAAUUGGAAAAGCGUUUCGGCAACGUCGCAGUAAUUACAAACGCAUUUCUUACAAGACUUCGAGAAUCAGCCAGAUUUGGAGAAUAUGAUAAGAAGAAACUCCAAGCAUUCUCAGAUCUGUGCUCGGACGUGGUUUCGCAAGUUAGUCAACUUCCUGGCUUAGCAUGCCUCAACUAUCCAAACGCCAUUCGACCCAUCCUCUAUAACUUACCAGAAUCCCUUCGCAACAGAUGGGACAAGCAAGUCGUUGGAUUCACUCUGAAAAACAAAGACGCUUAUCCUGAUUUUACCGUGUUUGCCUCCAUGAUCGAGAAACAGUCCCUACUCAAGAAUCACCCAAAUGUGACAGCUUUCGAGAAACGAGGAAAGGGAGAUCGGAGAAAGCCUUUUAUACCACCACUUAUCCCACCAGAGGACCCCCUGCAUACGGUCUUGGCGGGAGAAACUAAAACAGAAGAUCAAGAAGUUAAAGAGAAACACUGCCCGUUCCACAAAUGCAUUGGACAUACGUUGUCAGAGUGUAAAUCUUUCGCUCAAAAAACCCUGGAGGAGAAAACGCAAUGGAUCAAAGAGGAAAAGUUAUGUUUCCGAUGCUUGGUUGCAGGACACAUAGCCAAUCAAUGUAAAUCGAAAAUGAAAUGCGGGAAGUGUAGCAGUGAACGUCACCCAACGCUUCUUCACAAGGAGAAAUGGAACAAUGAUGCCCGAAGCAAAGAAAUAACAUCCGCGCGAAUGAGUAUUGGUUGCAACGCCGACAGAAACGUUUCCUGUAGCAAGGUCGCCCUGCUUGACGUGUUCCAUCCAGACAGACCGCAGAAGAAAUUCAGAGUUUACGCCAUUGUAGAUGAGCAAAGUAACGCGUCUAUGAUUAGCCCGGAAUUAGCUGACGGCCUUGGUAUAUCAGGACCAAAGGAGAAAUAUCUGCUGUCAACAUGUAGUGGCUCGAAAGAAACAAGGUUUGGUCGACGGGUCCCGGGUUUGAUGGUCACACCAGUUAAAGGAAAACCACUGGAGCUACCCACACUGAUCGAAUGUGAUAACAUCCCCAAAGAUAAGAGUGAAAUCCCCUCACCAGAGUUUGCCAUGCAGUAUACCCACCUUCGAAACAUUGCUGAUGAAAUUCCCCCGUUGGACAGUAGAGCAGAAGUUCAGCUCUUAAUUGGUCGAAAUGCGCCAGAACUGUUGAAAGUGAAAGCAUUCCGCAACGGUCCUAAUGGAACUCCGUGGGCGCACAAACUAGCUGUUGGUUGGACGAUAUGCGGACAAGCCUGCGUCGAUCGUCAAGGAGGACCAAUUCAUGUCGGUACCCACCGUACAAUUUACUACGACCCACCGAGACAGAUACAUUUCGAACAAGAUGAGGCAAGUACUUUGCAACGUGAUGCUAAACCCAAGCAAGAUAAAAGUAACACAAGAGAGAUCUCAUACCAUGAGUUGACACCCUGCACAAAUAACUACGUUGUACAAGAGAACUUCCCCGACGUGUACCAAGCAACAGAUCGCGACAACGAAACCACCAUGUCAAUAGAAGACCAACGCUUCAUUCAAAUAAUGGAAUCCAAUAUCCACAAAAAUCAAACAGGACAUUGGGAGAUGCUACUACCCCUCCGAUCUAACGACAUACACGUUCCUGACAACAGAGAUCAAGCUUCAACUCGUCUCAAAAGCCUUCUGCGUUCGUUCAAGAGGAAUCCGAAAAUGGAGCAAGACUACUUCAACUUUAUGGCAAAACUGUUUGAAUGCGGUCAUGCCGUACCAAUACCAAUCGAAGCCACUCCCCCAAAAGAAACUGGGAAAAUUUGGUACCUACCACAUUUUGGCGUAUACCAUCCUCGUAAACCAAAUAAGAUCCGAGUUGUAUUCGACUCCUCAGCAGAGUUCAAAGGAACAUCUCUUAAUAAGGGACUGUUGUCAGGUCCAGAUAUGCACAAUGGUCUUCAGGGAAUACUGGUCAGAUUCAGAAGAAAUGCCGUUGGUGUGAUGUGUGAUAUAGAGCAAAUGUUCCACAACUUCCAUGUCCACCCACCACAUAGAGAUCUAUUGCGGUUCCUGUGGUUCGCUGAUAACGACAAAGAAAAAGAUAUCAUCGUCUACCAAAUGGUGGUGCACUUGUUUGGCAACACAUCAAGUCCCGCUGUAGCAACGUUUGGCCUUAGGAAAACGGCAGAAGAAGGAGAGAAAGAGUUUGGUCAAGACGCCAAAGACUUUGUCGUCGAAGACUUCUACGUAGAUGACGGUCUGACAUCACGCGAUACCGCGGAAGGAACUGUGUCUCUCAUUAAGAACACUCAAGCAAUGCUCGCAACUGCAAAUCUGAGACUUCAUAAGAUUGCAUCCAAUUCCGUCGAAGUCAUGAAAUCAUUUCCAGAUCAAGACCGAGUCGAAAGCCUCAAAGAUCUACACAUUGAACAAGGCCCACUUCCGUCACAACGGUCGUUAGGAGUAAUGUGGGAUUGGGAGAAGGAUGCUUUCGCAUUUCAAAUUACAUAG